UUCUCCUCCUCCCCUUCCCCCUCCCCCUCCCUCAUCAGUUCAUGCAAAAAACAAGAAAACUUGUCUGCCACUACUUGGAUAGCAGCCACAGAGAUGAGCACUGCAAGCCCUGAGAAACAAAUGCUGCUACUCACUCGAUGCUGCUCCUUCCUUAAGGCCCUGCCUCAGAGGCUUGCAGCCAAGGCAUUUGAGAUUGCUGCCUCCACCAAAAAGCUUGCCCAAGAUGACCCCAGAAGAGUAACUCACUCAGCAAAAGUUGGAGUUGCACUCUCCUUGGUUUCCUUGGUCUACUACUAUCAGCCACUCUAUGUCAAUUUUGGUGUCUCAGCAAUGUGGGCAGUUGUCACUGUGGUUGUCGUUUUUGAAUUCUCUGUAGGAGCCACUCUUGGAAAAGGUCUCAAUAGGGGAUUGGCAACAUUGCUAGCUGGUGCUUUGGGUGUUGGAGCUCACCAUCUAGCUAGCCUCUGUGGACAGAUAGGUGAACCCAUUCUACUUGGGAUCUUUGUCUUCCUCCAAGCUACUACAUCAACAUUUGUACGGUUCUUCCCAAAAAUCAAGGCAAGAUAUGAUUAUGGGCUGUUGAUAUUUAUAUUGACAUUCUCCCUGAUAUCUGUGUCUGGUUUUCGAGAUGAUGAGAUAUUAGAGUUGGCACACAAGAGGCUAUCAACCAUUAUCAUAGGUGCCUCAGCCUGUGUGAUAAUAUCCAUUUUGAUUUGCCCUGUUUGGGCUGGAGAAGAUCUACACAAUCUGAUUGCUCUCAACAUGGAAAAGCUGGCCAACUUCUUAGAAGGAUUUGGAGGUGAAUACUUCAAAACAUCAGAAGAUGGAGAGGGUAAUGAUCAUCAUGACAAGUUGUUUCUGAAAGAAUACAAGAAUGUUCUCAAUUCAAAAAGUACUGAAGAAUCCUUGGCUAAUUUUGCAAGCUGGGAGCCUUGUCAUGGCCAAUUCCAGUUCCGCCACCCUUGGAAACAAUACCUUCAAAUUGGAGCUCUAACCCGCGAAUGCGCCUACCGAAUAGACGCCCUUAGUAGCUACCUCAACUCUGAUGUUCAAGCGUCGCCGGAAAUUCGCAGUAAAAUCCAGGAGGCAUGCACAGAAAUGAGCCUGGAAUGCGGCAAGGCGCUGAAAGAAUUAUCAUCUGCAGUACGAACAAUGAGCCAGCAGUCUUCCGCCGACCGCCACGUUUCAAAUUCAAAAGCCGCCGCCGGGAAUCUUGAAUCAGUGCUGAGAUCAGGCUUAUUUGAAGACGCCGACGACCUCUUAGCAGUGAUUCCGGCGGCGACAGUGGCUUCACUGCUUAUUGAUGUUGUCGGCUGCACCGAGAGAAUCCGUGACGCCGUUAAUGAGCUGGCCUCUGUAGCAAAUUUUGAGAGUGUGAAGCCUAAAGCCGUCUUGCCGGAACAAUCACUUUUAGAAGAUGUUAAACCGGUCUCCGAGAUUGAAUGCCCUCAUGUUGUUGUAAGGGUCGGUGGGCCAACUUCAGGUUCACCGGAAAAUUACACUCGUCGGCCGGAACCAUUGACUGGUAAUAAACAGGCAGAGAUGUAAAUAGUCAAAAUAGGUAUCACUAGUAUAUCUAACGAUGAUAAUAUCCCUGAACUCAAUUCUUGUAAAGUUUGGGUGCUAUGUUUGAGUUAAUU